AUGCUCUUUGCAGCUGUGACUCGACGGUACCAAGCCUUGGUGCCGCAGGAUGCAACCAAUCGUGCCAAUGGUGUGCGGACGAAGCUAGGUCCCAUCCUGGAGAGUGAGCGCAACUGGCUCCAGAAAAACCGCGACAAGCUGGACAAGGCCUUGGAGGAGGCGUCCAAACUCGCUGCAGAUGUCGGCGAGGCACCUCCGGUGAAGCAGGAGAAUACCCCACUUUCUGAGCAGCGUGCUGGCGUGAAAGAUUUCCUGUCCAGCACACAACCCGAAUGUCUCAUUCGGGGCACGCUCAUGGGCACUCCCAUGACCAGUGUCAUGACCAUGCCACCGAUGCCCAUUCUGGGCACGCACAUGGCCACACCCAUGACCGAUGUGACCAUGGCACCGCUGCCCACCCAGGGCUCGCACAUGGUCACUCCCAUGACCAGUGUGACCAUGCCACCGAUGCCCAUUCGGGGCAUGCACACGGUCACACCCAUGACUCUGGCCUUUGUGACCAUGGCAGCGAUGCCCACCCAGGGCUCGCACAAGGUCACUCCCAUGACCAUUGUGACCAUGCCAACGCCGCACAUUCGGGGCACGCACAUGGUCACACCCAUGACCACUGUCAUGACCAUACCACCGAUGCCGAGCAAGACAACGCUUCUGAAGCACAUCCUCGAGAACAAGCAGGGUUUGAAGGUUGCUGUAAUUGUCAAUGACAUGGCCUCGCUGAAUUGGGACUCCAAGCUGGUGGAGCAAGCCAUCUCUGACAAGAAGAAAAAUCCGCGGAAGCGCAAGAAGAGCGGAGACCCCCAAGAUUCCGGAGACGAGGAGGCUGAGGAGUCUGAGGCCAGCGUGCCAAAGCUCGUUUCGCUGCAGAAUGGAUGCAUUUGUUGCACGUUGCGCGAGGACUUGGUCGAGCAAGUAUCUGAGAUUGCUACCGCUGAGCAGAAAUUCGACUAUCUGCUGAUCGAGAGCACUGGCAUAUCAGAGCCUGUCCCAGUCGCGCAAACCUUCUGCCACUCCCUGGAAGAGCUGGAGCAUUUGGCUCAGCGCGAGGAAGAACACUCGCACGUGGCUAAGGAAGAGCAAGAGCCCAAGAACGAGACAGAGUACAAGUACCAGAGGGCUCUGGCAGACAAGGAACAGAAGGACAAACAGCUGGCUGUGCGAGCCAUCGAGCUGCAGCGCAUGUGCCGCCUCGACACAAUGGUGACGGUUGCAGAUGCUCCGUUGAUUGUCGAGGCGCUUUGCGGUACUAACGAGGUGCAGGGCGGUACUACUCUGGCCACUUCGGGGCUUACCAAGGCAGAAGUUCAAAGAGACCAAGCAAGUACGAAUGGCAGCAGCGUGAAUGCAGACAAGACCGUCGUAGAUCUCAUGCUGGACCAGCUCGAAUUCGCCAACACGAUCAUCUUGAACAAGGAGGACAUGUUGCUGAAAAUGCCCGGGGGAGCGAGUCUGAAGCCGCAGGUCGAGGCACUUGUGAAGAGGCUAAAUCCCUUGGCACUUCUCGUGUGGACGACCUUCGCUCAAGUUGAGAAAGGUGGCAGGGACACGGUGCUGGGGACUGGGAGGUUUGAUUUCGAGAAAGCCAGGGCCAGCGCAGGUUGGAUGCAGGAGUUGAUGAACGUCAACCACAUUCCCGAGACUGAAGAAUAUGGAAUCUCUUCCGUUGUCUUCCGCGCGAAACGGCCGUUCCACCCCGCAAGGCUGUACAGCGCGAGGGAUGGAUUCGGCUUGGUAGACCUGGCGACAGGAAAGCCCACCGAAAAAGCUAAGCAGAAGCCAUUCCGCGGCGUGAUCCGAAGUAAGGGCCAAAUUUGGAUGGCAAACUGUUGUGCGUAUGCACUCGAUUGGACCAUAGUUGGCCGCACAUUUUCGCUGCAGCCGGCACGGCCCUUCGAAGCAGCCAUUCAAGAGGCUGCAGACACCUAUGAAGAUGACCCGCAGGGAGAAGGUCAGGACGACAUUCUUCCGGAUGGGUGGGACCCACUUUGGGGUGAUCGCGAAACAGAACUGGUGGUCAUUGGCGUGAACAUUGACAAGGCAGCAAUUCUUGAUGCCCUCGAAGGUGCAUUGGUCACCGAAGAAGAGUUCACGAAGGCGACCGCGGAUAAAGCAAGAUUCGAGGAGUGGAUCGAGACCUCGCGUGCUUACUGCAAGGAUCUUAGCAUACCGUUCGGCCAGGUGUUGCUAGGCAUGGAUGAGAAGGCGCUUCGUGCUGCUACUGGGGAUUUGACCUCUAGGUUUGAGAGGUUCAGGCAGCUGGAAGACCCAUUCUUCAAUGGCACUGCAAACAGUUCCUUCAUGGAGAUGGCAGUCCGAGGGGUGAGUAGCGAUUUUGUGAGACAGAACCAGCCAGAUCCAAUGGAGCUUCGCGUCAAAGUGGCCAAAGAGUGCAAGCGAUUGAACCUGGAGGAAUCAGACUAUGCAGUGGAUCCUUCUCUGACCGGGGGGCCAGCAGUCAAGGCCUUGAAGAUGCAGCUUCAGCGGCUGGACGAAGUGAUGCGCGAGCGUGUUGAUGCCGUGCUUGCUGCCCGAGGGCGCAUCCGAGACCUCUCCAACUCGCUCGGCGAGGCUCUCGAGUUCCGCCUGGCCUUCGACGGGGAGCUGCCGGGCAGCGAAGGGGGUGUUGUUGUUCUGCCAAAGACGGCAGAGAACGAAAAGUUCGUGAACGACAUGGCCGAAUUCAAGGAGUCCUCUACAAAGGACGUGGCCAUGUUUACGCGGUGCUCGAGCCACUUGAAAGAGCUCGAACAAGCGUACUUAGACGAGCUCGGCCGCCGCAAGCCCCAAAAGAAGGUGAGGUCCAUUAGCUCUGACUCUGCCUCACGCUCCAAGUCGCGUCCAAAGAAGAAGAAGAAAAAGGAGAAAGAGGCGAAGGAGGAUCGAAAGAAGGCUAAGAAAGCAAAGGAGAGCCGUGCACAGAGCCCCAAGCCUGAGCACCGACCCGAACAUGAGGCUGGCAACGGGGAGGCAGCGCCGGUUUCCCCCGGACAGGCAUGGAAGCCUGAAUCGAAGGAGGAGAGAACAAACGAUCACCAGCCUUGGAACGAGGCUCCCGCUCCGUGGACUCCAAGCGGAAUGCCGCCGCCUGGACCUCCUCCAGCAUAUCCCCCAGCCCAAGCCACUCCCUGGCAGCCACCCCAACAAGCAGCUCCGGGUCAUCCGGGUCCUCCUCCAGCAUAUCCCUACAGCCACCCACCUCCUCGCCCCCAACCCCACGCUCACACUCCUCACGCACCACCCCACGCUCACACUGCCCCACCCCAUCAUCCUCCACCACCCGGCUAUCCGUCUUAUCCACCGCCGCCUGGGUACUUCCCACCCAGGCAUGAGGCAUGGCCUCCACCACACCUGGCGUACCCAAAGCCAGCUCCUGUGCCACCUCCUCACUAUGGUGCUCCACCGGGCAUGCCACCGCAGCCCAUGGCGCCCAGCAAUGAUUCUGAUUACCGCCACUGGGCGAAGUCCGCAGCACCCGUGCCAGAGGCUCCGGCACCGUACCCUCCUCCCAACUUCACUGCCCCCGCACCAGGUCCAGCGCAUGGCGCCCCACCUGCAUAUGGCUAUGCCCCCCCCGGAGCCGGAGGUCCUCCAACAAACUGGUGUGGCGGCCCAGCUUCAGAGAGUUUUGCAUCAGAUCCGGCAGAAAGCGGGCUUUUUGCAUGCAAAGUGAGAGCAUGA